AUUGACUGUUGUCUUGACUGGAGGAGAUAGAGAACAUUUUGAGGUCCGAGAAGAAACGAAAGUGUGCUCUUAAAAUCAUCGAAACUGGUGCAAACUUGGCCAAAGCGUAUUAUAAACUCCGUCGUAAUGGCAAGGAAAAAAAGCAAGCAGCAGGGGAUCGCCCAGAAGGAGCUUCUGCCUGGACAGCAGACCGUACCGAAGAGCCCAGUCUCUCCCGGCGAUGCAGCUGGCGGUGGCGGCGGAGAUGCUGGGCUGGAUCGGCUGGCCGCCACCAGGGCGAAUCAGCCCAUGCACACAUGCUGCCUUCUGUGCCAUCGUGAAUUUAAGGACUGGGGAGCAAGCUCUGUGAAUGGACUUCCUGCGGGCCAUGGGACGAAGCUGGCCGACGCUGUGCCUGCACUCUCCCAGGCCUUAUUGCGGGAGGUGCCAGGGCGUAAGCUUGCUGACGCCGUUCCCUCGCUGUCUCAGUCGCUGCUGGGAGAGGUGCCUCUGUGGAUCUGUCAGAGCUGCUGCAAGAGUGUGGAAGAGGAGGAGAGGCGGAGCACACAGGAGCAGCCAACACCGGUGCCAUUGUCACACUCUUCCUCCUGUAAGUCUCAGAGCUGUGGGAACGGUUACCCGGAGCAAAGUACUGUGGAUUGGGACCCGAGUUCCUUCCUGUCAGCCCACAAACUGUCAGGUCUCUGGAACUCAGCCCACACCAACGGAGGGGAACACUGCAACCACAACACUUCUUCACACACACAACAAGGUGUAACAGCAGGAUCAGCCUGUCAUGAGAAAAGAGGACUUCAUGAAGCUCCCGGGAAAUCUGCUAAAACGUCAGGGACCAAAGUCUGUCCCUACAGUCACCCGUCAUCCCACAAUUCCAGUGGAUCUUCUGCUGGGAACCCCCUGUCUACCUCAGCAGACCUUUGUAAGACCACUCCCAAGCACUUCAAGACCGUGUGUCGUCGACCAACGCCGCCAGGUGAAGCCUUCCAUCCCAGCGACCACCAUCAACACACAGACCUGUCGGUACCCCCCAACAGUCCCACCGGCCUGUCAUCCCAGCAUUCCUCUCUCCUCCCUCCAAAGCCGAACUCUGGCCAGCAUGGCCAUGUAACCUCCUCCUGUGGCACUGGUGUGGCAGCCCACGCUCCCUUCUCCCCGCUGGUACCAAACCUCCACGGUCCUACAGCCAAAAUCAAUUCUCCAAGUCCAGAUAGCCCAACAUCUGUCCACAAGCCCAGUCCAUGCAAAAACUCCCACAUUCCUGCUGUGAACGCACAACACAGCAAACUGGGCACAUCUAUCAUGGGCUGUAACCACUCAUGUAAUGGGCACAGUCCGGGAACAGUGGCCAACUCGAAUGUAGGCCACUUAACAGCUGGGGCCUGCAGGGAUCAAGCAUGUAAGGGGCACAAAGUGACGAAUGGGACAUUGUGUCACCCUUCGUCUGAGCUGGAGGAGGGGGAGGAUGAGGACAGCAGCUCUGAGAGGAGCUCCUGCGCCUCCUCUUCCACCAACCAGAAGGACGGGAAGUACUGCGAUUGCUGCUACUGCGAGUUCUUUGGACACAAUGCGCCUCCAGCUGCACCAACUAGCCGAAACUACGCUGAGAUCCGAGAGAAGCUUCGCUCACGUCUGACCCGGCGUAAAGAAGAGCUGCCUCAGCGUCAAGAUUCAGAACUGACAGUGGCGGGUGCCAUUGACAACCGGGACGUGGACGAGCUGCUAGACUUCAUAAACAGUUCUGAGCCCAAACCUGUCAACAGUGCCAAGGCUGCCAAAAGGGCUCGACACAAGCAAAAGAAGAAGGAAAAAGCUCAACAGGGCACCAUGGGCGCUGCAGGCAGUGACCCUCACUCCAAUCCAUCUGAGCCUGUGGACGAGCCCAUCCCUGACGGUUCUGAAGCCAGUCGGUUGCUGGACUGGCCUCAGCUGGAACUCGAACGCGUUAACAGUUUUCUCACAAGUCGGCUAGAGGAAAUUAAGAACACCAUCAAAGACUCAAUCCGGGCCUCAUUUAGCAUGUACGACCUCAAUCUGGAUGUCAAUGACUUCCCAAAGAAGGCAGCCACAUUGGAGGGAAACCAUUUACUGUCCCAUCUCAAUGGUUCCUCUGACUUGCAGCAGAUAGACCUUGACCUCUCUCCUCUUUCACUGGGAACCUUUAAAAGCCACCUGGACCUGGUUAACGGAUGGGAGGACACAACUGUCGUCUCAUCCCCAAACACAACCACCACCACCGUGUCAGCAGUAAGUGCUGCUUCAAAGGACAUCCAGCGGUUGCACACUACCCCCAGUCUGUCCAAGCUCAUAAGAGUUCGCUCCCCAGAAAGAUGCACUUCCGUCGGGUCUGACAACUUACCACAGGUGCCAGCCCAAGCAACGGCUAAAUUGAAAGAGGACACCCCAGAUCCCAGGAACGCAACAGUCGGAAAUGGCGGUGCAAAAUCAAAGAAAAACAAAAAGCAGCAGCAAAAACAGGAGCAGUCUGUGUCGGAGCAGAAUUCCAACAAACCAACCAAAGCUGCAUCUGGGAAUGAAGCACAGAAAGCCAGUGAGUCUAAAGAAACAGCAACUAAUGGCUCAAAGUCUGGGAACAAACAGCCUCAGCACUCUGCAGACAACCAGAGAAAUGGGCCUAAGAAAGCUGAGGAGAGCAGAUCAUCCAAACAUGCAACAAAUGGGGCAAAUGGUGGCCCCUUGAGUGCACAAAGGGGAAAAGGUGACACAGACACACGAGGACGAUCGGAGCAGGAUUCAGAAAGCAAAGCUCACCCCACCAUUCCAGCAAAUGGGCAGCAACAGCAGCAAUCCAAGGGGAAAAAUAAGAAGAAUAAGAACAAGGGUGAAAAAUCCAGCAGUGCUAUUGAUGAUGUAUUUCUCCCUAAAGAUGUGGAUCCAACAGAGAUGGAUGAGAUUGAUCGGGAAGUGGAAUACUUCAAAAGAUUUUGCCUCGAUUCUGCGAAGCAAACUCGCCAGAAAGUAGCAGUGAAUUGGUCCAACUUCAGCCUCAAAAAAGUUCCUUCCAAUGCAGCUCAAUAACUUGGACGAGUGCCAGAGAAAAAACUUCACACCACAAACUCUUUCAGUAGAGCCCUAUUUGGCCUGAGGCCUUCUCUCAUUCCCAGUUUUCUUCUCUUCCUUACUAAGCCAAGGGACUCUGGUCCAAAACAUACUGUCCAUUCAGAAGACUGAAACAGAACUUGUGGCUAACAAGCCCGGGUUCAUUCUCAAGGCCAACUCUACCCUUUGCUAUUAUUGCAAUGUUCACUAAAUGAGAGAUGCAAAAAUGGAAAAAAGUCUGUUGAAUCAACUGCAUCCAUGUGCUUACGUAUGUAGUAUGUAAACAAUUACCUUACAUGAAAUAAAUGUUUUUAUCACAAAUCUGA